UUGUCCCCCGGGCCCUUUGCCCACCCACCGUGGGGCCCGGCUGGUGCCCGGUGUGUGCGUCACCCGGCAUGCUUAUGGUCCGUUGGGCCUGAAGGUGGUUUGGGCUCUGGGUGAUGUCCUGCUGUCCACCCGCAGGCCCACGCCAACAUGCCGUCCCACCACCACGCCGCAACCCCCCGAUGCUGCGCAUGGUGCUGGAGGCGCUGCAGGCGGGCGAGCAGCGCCGGGGCACCUCGGUGAUGGCCAUCAAGCUGUACAUCCUGCAGAAGUACCCUACGGUGGACGCCAUCCGGCUCAAGUACCUGCUGAAGCGGGCCCUGGACACGGGCAUGCAGCACGGCCUCCUCAUCAGGCCCAUCAACUCCAGGGCCAGGGGGGCCACUGGCAGCUUCAAGUUAGUUCCCAAGCAAAAGAAAAAAAUCCAGCCCAGGAGGACAGCCACCGUGUCGGCCCCCCGGAGACCUGGUGAGGCCAAGGAGGAGGCCCCCAAGAAAGAUGGCCAGACCAAGGGCGAAGAGGCAAGAGGGGGCAAGGCCAGGAAGGCCCCCCAACAGCCAGACAAGGCCACAGAGGCCCCUCCUGGUGCCAGCGGGCCCCCUGGGAAGUUAAAGAUUAAAGGCAAGAAGGACAGCCCAGGUAGGUGUGUAAGAGGCAAGAGGAGGGUGUGGGCAGCCACUGGGUGUAAGGAUGGAGGGGCUGGCUCCGGGAGGAGAUUUCCUAUCUGGUCCAUGUGGUCCUUCCCCCAUGCCCUCCCGUUUCCAGCAGAUGCCAAGGCCCAGAGGAAAACCAAGGCUAGGACUCAGAGCUCAAAACCCACAGUCCCCAAGAGUGAAAAUGGUGUGACUUCCCCGGCCAAAAAGAAGACAGGGAACAAGGUCCUUAAAGAGGCCACUGCCCAGGGGGCCAGGAAAGGGUCGAAAGCCAAAGCUGCGGCUGCUCCUAAGGACAGAGAGUCCAAGAUGGUGCCUGAACCACUGGCCAGGAAGACAGAGGUCCCCAGGGGCCCAAAAAGGCCUGGCAUGUCCACCGCGGCCUCAUCAUCCAAAGAGACCAGGGUGAAGGCAGAAGCCAAGAGCUAG